AUGCUCGUCAUGAAAGCAUUGAAGAUUAUAGUCUUUUUGUGUAAAAGUGAACUAAAUAAUGAAAAUAGGUACUACCAGGUGAGGGCAGCACUGAAGCACUCGGCGCGCAUCCCUGGGAAGGUAGAAGCCUCGCUGCUGCCUCUCGAAUCUGCGGCCGACGGUGAGCUGGUGGCGCCGGCGUACGUCGAGAAUGACGUCGUCAUCAGCAAGACGUUCCAGAUCCUCUACCGCAACGAGGAAGUCAGCGUCAACGAUGUCGCGCUGUUCCGCGUGCACCUGCUCGUCGACGCGACCCGGGUGGAGGAAUGGCUGGAUAGGGCAGACAUUCAGCUGGUACUGGAUCUGUGGUUCUCCGACCAAGAGUACUGCGCGGAGGACAACCUGUCGUCGCUGCAGCUGCAGAGCGUCAGCUCGCGCACGCUCAGGCUCAACUUCGUCACGCGCAAGGGCCUGCACCACCACGUGCCCGUGCUCUACGACUACUUCCACCUCGCCGUCAUCGCCGUCACCAUCCACGGCACGCUGCUCGCCGUUCAUGCCCCCUACAUACGGCAUUUCUGUAUUGAGGAGGAGCUGUUGGAGACGGCAGCGAGUGACAUCGCUCAGCUCUGCGCCGAGAACGUGUUGCUAUGGAGUCAGUUUAACGAGCUGCUGCCGCUCGACCCCUUCGUUACGGAGGCUCUCGCACGCGACCACCACGUACAACGCGUGAAGCGAUUCUGCGAAGGAUUUUUCUUCACGGAACACCACCGCCAGAUGGCGAUAGCGUGCUACGAUCCAAGCGUCGUCAAUCAUCCUGAGAUUGCGGCCACCGUGAGGAGCCACCAGUACUUUUCUCUGCUGCCGCCGCUGCCCGUGGAAUGCGUGGAGUUGGAUGGAGACGCACUCACGCUGCCUAUUGUUUUUGAAGAUCGCUAUCACGAACCCAAGUCGCACGCGCGCGCCACCAAGAGUCUCCACUGCGACACGUCUUCGUCGUCUUCCGACCUCAUCAUUACCAUCGAGGAGAUGCUCUCCUCCCCCAAGCGCCGCAAGCCUCCCGCCCCUCCUCCUCCCCCGCAGCCGUCGUGUCGCGCCUCCUCCCCGCCGUCGUUGUCCAAGCCCGAGUCGUGCGAGGACGGCCACAGCAGUGGCUCCUCUGGCGACCGCUCGGCGAAGAAGCGUCGCUCGCGCCUCGGCUCCAAGACGACGCAGUUCAUUCGGAACAUCAAGCCGGAGAACUUCCGCCGGCCGUCGUCGUACCCCUGCGCCGCCGACCGCGUCGUUCUGCUCGGCUACCGAAAGAUAGAGGGCGCCGGGGGCAGCGGCGGCGGUGCGGAUGUGUCCGUCGGGCGGGACGCGGUUGCCGCGGCGACCGACCUGCAGCGCUCGCUCAGCAGCCUCUCGCUGCCGUCGCUGUACGUUGGCGAGCUGAGUCAGAGUCCGAGCUCCGGAUCCCUGCCGGACCUCCUGGAUCGCGCGGGGCCCGCGCGGAAACCGCGGGGCGACGACGACGGGGGCGGCGCCCCGCAGCGGCCGGCGAGCGAGAAGCUUGCGCAAGGCCGCAUGCGGCGGAGCGACCGGGGAUUGCCGCUGGGGGAGGCGUGGGGGGGCCGUGCUGGGGUCGGGCUGCCAGAUCGCGCGCGACCCAUCCCGCCCGUGCGCCGGCGCAAGAAGCGCGUUCCCGCGCGGCCCGCGCUGCCGUUCAGCGACUGCGGUCGCCACGACGACGAGUACGCCGGUAGUGAUGGGGGUGGUCGUCACGACGACGGGUACGACGUCGAGGAGGUGUUUCUUAGCAACGGAAACGGCGGUCGUGACGAUACGGGAUGCGGUCGCCGUGACGACGGGUGCGACGUCCAGGAGGCGGCCAUCGACGGCAGACGCGGUCGUCAUGACGACGUCGCUGAGCUGCUCGAACAGUUUUGCGUCAGCAUCGAGAUAAGUGAUGAUCCAGAAGAUGCGAGCAUCGUCACGGCAACGCGCAUCUGCGAUAGUGACUCUUCCGGGAGGCGCCGCAAUAGCGAUAACAUCCGGCCUGACCGUGCCGCAUUCGGUGAUGACGCCGUCACGACGCGUGACAGCAGGACAGGUGACAGCAGUGACAACACGAUGGACGGGGACAGCGCGUGUGACAGUGGCGCGUUGGACGGUGGGGAUUCAUGGGACACGCCGACGGGUCGCCGUGGCGAUGCCGCGAGGACGCACGGCAGCUGCGUGACCGUAACGAACGGCCGCACGAUUAUCAGCAUCGGUGACGAGGACAAGGAGGACGGCGUCACCGUGACGACGAUGACGGCGCGCGACGGGACGGCAUCCGACUCUCUCCCGGGCGACGGCUCGCUCGACGACGACGUGCGUGAUGACUCGGCGAGUCCCGAGCGCACCGUCCGCUCUGACUCGAUCGAGACAGAUCGAGACAGCGGCGGGGAGCGGAGCGGGGGCGAGAGCGUGGCAUCGGCGGCGGCGAGGCGAGACGUGGAAUGGAAGCGGAAGAGCCUCGACAGCGGUGUCGCGAGCAUAGAGAACGUGAGUGCGCCCCCUGGCGGCGACGCGCCGAAGCUGCAGCGCCGCGGCUCGUACCGCGCCGGCGUCGAGAACGCGAUCGCGAUGGACAUGCCCCGUCAACGGGUCACACGCCACCCAGCAGGUGGCGCCGCGAGCUGUCAGCGGGACCGAAGCCAGCCAGCAGGUGGCGCCGUGCGCCGUCAACGGGUCACACGCCGCCCAGCAGGUGGCGCCGCGAGCUGUCAGCGGGACCGAAGCCAGCCAGCAGGUGGCGCCGCUGCGGCCGUCAACGGAGGAACGGAGCUAGCCAGGCAGGUGGCGCCGCGCGCCGUCAAUGGCACCGACGCUGGCGCGGAUGUCCAGCAGGGGGCACCGCACGUGGAAAGGUCGCGGGUUCGGCGGCGCGAGCGAGGUCGCAUCCGGCCGAGCAAGGAGACGUGGAUCGACACGCCCGAUGACCUUGUAGAGAGGUACGUUGAAUACACAAAGAGCAGCCGGCGCGAGACAAUCAUAGAUGAGCCUGCGCGCAGCCAGCCGACGAUCGCCUGCGCCAACCAGCCCGACGUCGUCGCCCAGGCAGCGCCACCGGUCACGUGUCAACCGUCCCCGUCGUCUUCGCCAUUCCGCGGGCAGGAGGAGGAGACGAAGAAGCUGUCACGCGUCGUCCAUAGCAACGUCGUUAGCUUCGUGAGCGCGCGAGAAGCGCUUAAGCAUGAGCUCAAGUUUCGCGGACACUUCUACAGCGACUUUGCGUCCAAGGUGCCGCGCACGCCAUACUUCUCCGGCAGUGCCGAGAGCUCGCCCAGCGAGGGUGUCCACCUGGUGGUGUGCGUUCACGGACUCGACGGUGAGUGCUGCUCCCCCUGGAGGCCGUCGGACACGUUCUCAGACUUUGAGCAGAUGUCAAACAACCUCCUAGAGGAGAUUCUAUAUCAUAUGGAGGUGCUGCCGUUCCCGCCCACACGCAUCAGUUUCGUCGGUCACUCGCUGGGUAACAUCAUCAUCCCGCGGCGCGUGCUGGGUCAGCGUCGCUUCGAGCCGCUGCUGGGCAAACUGCACACCUACCUGUCGCUGUCCGGCCCGCACCUCGCACCCUCUACAACAACAGGCGGCCUCGUCAACGCCGGCAUGUGGUUCAUGCAGAAGUGGAAAAAGUCGGGCUCCCUGCUGCAGCUGGCGAUGAAGGAUGCGAAUGACCUUCGCGAGACCUUCCUAUACCAGCUGAGUCGCAAGCGAGGUCUGAGCAGCUUCAGGCACGUGCUGCUGGUUGCGUCGGCGCAGGACCGCUAUGUUCCGUUUCACUCGGCCCGCAUCGAGCUCUGUAAGGCUGCAGUGAAGGACUCGUCCAUGCAGGGCUGCGCGUACCGGGAGAUGGUGAACAACCUGCUGCGGCCGGUGAUGGACGACGCGGGCGGCGUGGCACUGCUGCGAUACGACGUGCACCACGCGCUGCCCAACACAGCGAACAGCCUCAUCGGUCGAGCCGCCCACAUCGCCGUCCUCGACUCGGAGAUCUUCAUCGAGAAGCUGCUGCUUGUCAGCGCGCUCAAGUACUUCAAGUGAUGGAGGGAGGAUGCGCGGGUUGUGCGUCGGUGAUGAGGGAAUCGUUCGGAGACUAACCAGAGAGUCUUGCUUGUUGGUCAGCGCGCUCAAGUACUUCAAGUGAUGGAGGGAGGACGCAUGGGUAAUGAUGGACCAGUCAGGGGACUCUAACCAGAGAGUCUUGCUUGCUGGCCAGUGUGGUCAAGUACUUUAAGUGAUGAUGGGGAGGAAGUGUGGAUUGUGUUGGUGAUGAGGGACUGGUCAGGGGACUAACCCUGUAGUCUUGCUUGCUCAGUGUUUCUUGUUAUCAUGAGAGUUCAGGAAAUGCUGAGCAAAAUGGUCCAGGGACCGGUCAAGAAAACCAGGGGCCGGUAUUUGAAGUGCGGUUUGUGUGAGCGACUGCGGGUCAGUGUGAUGGAGGGACUGAUCAGAACCUAUUCAGCGGUCGGUACUACAAACCAGUGACUGCUAGUUGGCGGCCGAGGAUACUUGUGUUCGAGACUGUGGGACAGUAUGUUUGGCUGGUGGUGAAACAGUGGAAAUCGGGGACCGGAGGUCAAACAGUGGAAAUCAGCAACUGGUGGUCAAACAUUGGAUAUCAGGGACCGGUGGUCAGCAGGAUCUGACGCAUUCAAGGACUGUCUCAUAGCUUAGGGAAUUAUACCAUAGACUUGUGGACAGUGUCAUCGGGCAAGUAAUGGAUUGUGGUUACUAGUAUCUGAAAACUGCUGAUGGUUCAGUAAGAGAAGAUAUAGUAGGGUAUAUAUAAUUUUAUUGGUAAAGUCACCUAACAUAUAGAUAAGGACUAUUGGUGGACUCUGUGUGAGUGUACACAGGUCUGUUUCUGACUGCCGUGUCACCAAUCGAGUAGAAAUAGGCGCAAGUGAUAUGUGCUGCCAUCUUGUGAUCCAAGUGGCUAACGUCUGCGACUCCCCACCCCCCAACUGUGAAAACCCGAAGUUUCUGAUUUUAUGCCGUUAAAUUGCCAUUGUCUAUUUCAGUGAAAUGCAAUAAUGAAUCGUUUCUAGCUAUAAAUAGUUGUGAUAGUCUAAAUUAAAAAGACUGCUGCUAAGCUGUUCAACACUAGCCCCGAAUCUGUCCCCCCAAACACAUGCGUUUAUCGCACUCAUUCGAGGAAUAUGUGAGUGAGAAUAACAUGGUGGUUUUAAUCGGAGUAAUUUUUGUACUGUACAUAGAUGCUGUUGAAAAUGUAUAACAAAAACGGAUUAACACGACGA